AUGGAUCUCGUAAAAAUCGAUAACGUACCUGGUAUAAUAGCGAAAGAAUUUAAAAGAAUUAUUAAAACGCUGCAUGUAAGCUUAGACAUAAACGUCGACAACAGACACAGUACAUUAAAACUUUGUAAGCUGGAAUUUUUCACCGCAAGUAAAGUCGAAGAUCAAAUAUGUGAUAAUAUCGAUCCAUUUUCUGAUGAUAAUGC